AUGCUGGACGCUUUUGUUCAGACGACUGUUUGGUCAAUCUCUUGCAGAAAGUUGUCGGGCCUGAUGGGGUUCUCGUUUGGGACGGGGACGAGUUCUCUGAGGACAGCUUCACCCGAAUUUUGGACCAGGCUUUGGCAACUAGCAAGAUUCCUGCGGUGGCGUUCUAUUGGUCAAGUCUCGAAGCUGCUUUCCGAAGCUCCUGGCAGCACCGUGCGGACAGAUUCUCCGGCGGCCUGCAUUUGGUGCUUCUGGAAGAUCCGCCAGGACUUGCUGUGGGCUGUGAUGACAGCUGGGUACGGCUCGGCCUUGACGCACUGCACCUGA